CGUGUCUGGGCUGGACAAAUAAGAGAUGUAAUGAAAGGUAAGACAACAGAGUUAGAGGUUAAAUAUUCAGCAACAAAUCUAAAAACCCAGUGAUAACACAGUUUCACAGAAAAGAUAAACACUGCUGGUACAAUCCAUAUUCAAUGCAGAUCUUCCUGGGAGAACAUGAUGUACAUGUGUUUUAGGGAACAGAGCGACUCAUGAAGACUGACACCAUCAUCUGGCACCCAAACUAUGACUACCAGACUCUAGACUAUGUCAUCAUGCUGGUCAAGCUCUUCCAUCCAGUGGAGGUGACUGAGGCAGUUGCACCCAUCUCACUACCCACCGGCUGUCCAAUGGGAGGCCUCCCCUGCUCCGUGUCUGGAUGGGGGGACACUGCUAAAGAUGGCGAAGAAGUGAACAUGCCCACCCGUCUGCAGUGUUUGGAUGCACCCAUAGUGGAUGACAAGGACUGUGAAAACGCCUAUCCAGGCAUGAUCACGCGCAGGAUGGUGUGUGCCGGAUACAUGGAUGGAGGCAGAGACGCAUGCAAUGGUGACUCUGGCAGCCCUCUGGUGUGUGUUGGAGAAGUGCAUUGCCUGGUGUCAUGGGGUCAAGGCUGCACUCAGCCCAACUACCCUGGGGUUUAUGUUAAAGUAUGCAAGUUCCUCUACUGGACUGAAGACACUCUUGCAGUCAAUCCUUAAAAAAUAUAUAAAUCCUUCUCCCCUCCUAUCUGAGUUCAUUGACCUUAUGUUCACAAUUUAUGGGUUAUUCUGCUUUCUCUAACUUAUCCUUGUUCUUCUCUUUCAGGUCUCUGAACUCACUUGAGUUUUUUUUUUUCUUUAUAUCAUUUCACACACUUUCUCACAUAUUUUGAAGACGAGAUAUAUCAGAGUUCAAAACACUUUAUCCUCUGAAAGUAAAUACUAAUAAGUCUGAAACAGCUUGAGUGGAACUCAAGCACACUCCAAAAAAAAUAAAAUAAAAUAAAAAAAAAUCACAAGCUUUUUCUUUCAUGUUUUGAAUGUGGCUGAUGGGUGAGGUAGGACUUUUCAUCGUUUACCCAAUGUUUGCUCCUGGCAACCAAUUAGCCUCUUCCAGUGUCUUCAUAAUUUAAUUCAUUUAUAAUUCGAGUCAGUUUUUUCUACAUCUAGGAGGCUGAUUAGAUGAUUUGAUUACAAAGAAGAUGGUGUGCGAGACUACGUUUAGAAGUUGGGGAUGAAUUUACCGUAGUGAUAAUGUCAAUGUGAUUAUUGAACAGCAGGUUGCCACAGAGGGAUUGCCUCCCACUCCUCUUUUCCAGCAGCAGUUCUCAUCGGAAGUUUAUAUUCACACCAUCAUUUACGUGAAGGUCAAAUUAGUUUGUGCCUUUUAAUGAUUUAUUCGGAUCUCUCCGUUUUCACUGUGAGCUGAUAGUUCAGCUUCCACUUGUAUUUGGAUUAUUGACCCUCAGUUGUAGAGGAAGUAGACCCUUUUUGUAGCAAUCAACAUGCCACUGGCAUAGUUUUAGCUGAAAGUUCUUACCACUCAAUUUAUGAAAAAAAAAAAAAAAAAAAAAAAAAA